UGGCCAUGGAAUUGGGGAUUACUUCGAUAAACUCAUUGGAACUCUCGCCGUUGUUUAGUUCGAUUAUUAUUUCUGAUGCAUACAAGGAAUUGGUUCCUAGUUUGGAAGAGAGACUACCGUUUCUCAGAUCUAUCAAGUUUGAAGAGGACGAGGAUGAAGAUGAAGAUGAUGAAGAUGAUGAUGGAUUUGAACAGAAUAUUGAGGGGAUUUCUCUCUUGGUUGAUUUGUUUCCUCAACUUACUGAAGCCAAGGCAAAGUAUAUUCUCAAGGAAAACAACGGUGAUUCUGAGCAUGUGACGAACCUAUUAUUGGAGAACCCUGAUAUGAUAGAUAGCAUACCUGAACAAGCACCAAAGAAAAAGAUAAAGAAGGAAAAGUCUACUCCUAAAGUAACCGUCAAGAAACCUCAAGGGAAAGCCGCCAAACGUUCUAUUUACGAUGAUGAUAAGAUUUCCAAGGGUGACUUUUCUGGAACAACAAUCAUAUUUGGCAAGAAAGAUCGUGAUAAGAUCGAGCCUGCAAGUGCAGACUUGAAGAAGAAAACGUUGAGUGCGGCAUUGAGACUAAUGUAUGAGAGUGAUGAGGAUGAACCUGAUGAUACAUAUGAAGACCAGGAAAAGACCACAGGUGCAGCACUUGAAGAUACUAAGAAGAAGCCUUCGGGUAAGAUGGCUGUUCUUGAGGAUGAGUCUAGCGGAGCAAUUGGAAGUGGGAUAGACGAACGCGAACGAUUCUUGUUUAGUGUGUUUAAGAGACAAGGUCCGGAAUCAUUUGAGAAAACCAAGAGAAAGUCUAGUUCUCGUCAAGAGUUGAAAAAGAGUACCAACUGGUCAGAUGAGCAGAUUGAAGGGUGGUUACGAAUGUUGUUGAAGUCUCCACGUAGGUUUAAGUUGUUGGAAGAGGAUUUCUUUUAUGGUGGUGGUAAUCCUAAUAGACGGACUAAGAAGGUGGUUGAGGAUGAAUCUGCUUCCACGGCUUCGUCUCUCUCUCCAUCGCCAGUACCUUCAGCUUCGGGUUCUUCGACCCCGCAGAAAAAGAGUGGUGCUUCGUCCAAGCGUACCCAAGCUAGAAAUGAACGUAACAAGGCUAGCAAAGCCAAUCACAACCGUAAAGCCGGACAUGACAAAAAGGCCAAGGCUGCUGGUGCUGGCAUGUAAAUAUACCAAUAGCAUGUAUAUUGUAAUUGCAUUAAUUGU